AUGGGCAUGAAAGCUGUUCACUUUGGCGCCGGCAACAUUGGCCGUGGCUUUGUUGCUUGCUUCCUGCACAACUCUGGCUACGAGGUCAUCUUUGCUGAUGUCGCUGACGCCCUAAUCGACAAAAUCAACGACACCCCAUCCUACAAGGUCAUCGAAGUUGGCACCGAGGGCACAACCGAGAACACCAUCACCAACUACCGCGCAAUCAACUCCAAGACCCACGAGUCUGAUCUCAUCGACGAGAUCAGCCAAGCUGACAUUGUCACUUGCUCGGUCGGUCCCAAUAUUCUCAAGUUCAUCGCACCCGUCAUUGCCAAGGGCAUUGACCGUCGCCCCGAGGGUACCACCCCUCUUCACGUCAUUGCCUGCGAGAACGCCAUUGGCGCCACCGACACCCUCGCCGAAUUCAUCAAAGACCCUAAGAAUACUGCCGAGGACCGCCUCGAAGACCACCAUCUUCGCGCUCGCUACGCCAACUCCGCCAUCGACCGCAUCGUGCCCGCUCAAGACCCCGAUGCUGGCCUCGACGUGACGCUCGAAAAGUUCUUUGAAUGGGUCGUCGAGAAGACUCCCUUUGAGGAUGUUGGCAUUCCAGCUAUCAAGGGCAUCAACUGGGUUGACAACCUGGCCCCGUACAUCGAGCGCAAGCUGUUCACUGUCAAUACCGGCCACGCUACCGCUGCUUACCACGGAUACAACCGUCGCAAGCGCACCGUUUACGACGCUCUGCAAGAUAAGGAUAUCAUGGCGGAGGUUAGGGGUGCUCUCAACGAGACCAAGAACCUGAUCGUCUCCAAGCACGAGAUUGACGAGGAUGCCCAGGCUGCUUAUGUCGACAAGAUCGUCAAGCGCAUUGGCAACCCCCAUCUGGAGGAUGCCGUUGAGCGUGUUGGCCGCGCUCCUCUCCGCAAGCUGUCCCGCAAGGAGCGCUUCAUCGGACCUGCUGCCGAGCUCGCCGAGAUGGGCGAGUCCAUCAAGUACCUUCUUGACGCUAUCGAGAUGGCUUUCCGCUUCCAAAAUUACGACGAGGACGAGGAGUCCAAGGAACUGGCCAAGAUCAUGAGCGAGAACGGUCCCGAGGAUAUUGUCUCCAAGGUCUGCAGCGUCCAGUCGAACGAGAAGAUCUACCCUCAGCUCGUCGAGGUGGUGAAGCGCGUCCAGGCCGAUAGUCGUGAGGAUUGA